AUGGCACCCGUCCUCGCCAAAUCGCUCAGUCGCCUAUCACGAGAGUCAAUCAUAGAACUUGGGCUCAAAUGGCUUCAAGAAAAUCGUCCUUCGUCAGCACCCUAUUUACUGUGCAACCGCACCGGGUUCGAAGUCGAUGAAGAGGACUACCUGCACACACCAGCCGAGAGUCUCGAGGAAUUGCGAAACCUGUACCACGAUCUCCGCAAGCAUCCCAGCCAGACGACCAAGCGCGACGUAAUCGACCGCAUCGUCGACGGCGAUUGGCGUCGCGGACUCUCUCUGCAUCAAUAUGCAACCAUCGAUUUCGCGUACCUGGAACAGAACGACGCCGCUUUAAAGUGGAGCGCUCUGAAAUUGGUGCCCCUCCAGACAGAGGCAGAGAAACCACUGGACGGCGACGACGGCGACGAUGGGCGACAUCCAGCGAAGAAAAAACGAAAAUUAAACCCCGGCCUACUAGAACCAACCUAUCCCCACGUCUCGCCGGAAGUCUUUCUCUCAGCCCUGAAAGCGGAGAUAUCACCACUGGUCAAAGCUCAUUAUCACGUCCACCGCAUGCCUUCGCCGUACAGCCUCACCAUCCUUCGACUCUGGAUACAGCCAAACUCGGCAUUUGCGCCCAGAGGGUCGAAAGUCCCGCGCCGUCCCAAACAAGCCACCGACGCAGGUCGCAUAAUGUAUAUCGCAUUACCAGACAGCUGUCCGUACGUAUACAUCUCCAUCUCCGGCUCGGCGACAAGCUCGACUGGACGGUCCAAGGGCAGCGUUAGGGACGCCAAGGAGAAAGUGAUGGCCAAAGUGGACAUGGCAGCCCUGAAGCGGAUUGUCCUCGAAGCAAUUGCGAAAGCACUCUCCCGGCCGCACCAGCGCUGGGCAUUAGAGUCGACGAACCUUGUUGCAAAAUCAUUAAAGACGAUGUGCGAGCUGCGGGGGAACCAAAAACCCGGCACCAGCGGCGGAGCCUACAGUACCUUCGCGGACUGUGGCAAAGCAGUCGACAACAGUCCCGUCGACGUGCAGAUGACGGCCGAUAAAUCCGAGCAGCAAGACGACAGACAGCGCAUGGUCGAGGAGCGAUUCGGUCUGACGCAAGGCGAGCACUACGCGCCUCUCGACCGCGUGCACGUUAAGCUUACCAAUCCGGUUCGGCCGGAUGAGUGGGGAGACGAAGACGCCAGUUCGUCCACGGAAGACCAUGCGAAGUGCGAAAUCACACUGACAUUUACGGGGAGCAACGUGUUUGGCGGGCUUAAGAAACUCGCGGAGCUGGGGCCCACGUAUGUCGAUCUGGAGAAAAUGCCCGCUUGGAUGACGGGUGAAUUGGGCGUCAGUAAUCUCACUGUCUGA